CAAAGGGGGCGCCGCGCGCCCGCACCAGCGGCCCCGGAGCGAAUUGCCAAAAUGCUUUGGAAUUCUUAAAGGAUUCAAAAACUGAAGUCUCUGAGGAUACAAAAUCAUAAGAACACAAGAAGCAGCAAGGAGGAUUCAGUGCCAAUGCAGCAACAAAAAAGACAGCCAGAGUUAGUGGAAGGAAAUCUUCCUGUUUUUGUUUUUCCUACAGAACUUAUAUUUUAUGCAGAUGACCAGUCAACACACAAGCAGGUGUUGACUCUUUAUAACCCCUAUGAGUUUGCCUUAAAAUUCAAAGUUCUUUGUACAACUCCCAAUAAAUAUACGGUGGCUGAUGCUGCUGGUGCAGUGAAGCCUCAAUGCUGUAUUGAUAUUGUGAUCCGUCACAGAGAUGUUCGGGCUUCUCACUUCGGAGUGAUAGAUAAAUUCCGUCUGCAAGUGUCUGAGCAAAGCCAGAGAAAAGCACUGGGGAGAAAGGAGAUCAUUGCUACUCUACUUCCAUCUGCAAAGGAACAGCAACAAAAGGAAGAGGAGGAAAAACGAAUAAAAGAACAUCUGACUGAAAGUGUCUUUUUUGAGCAGACUUUGUGUCAACCAGAAAACAGAACUGCCUCAUCGGGACCUAGUUUACUGACAGUCUUCCUGGGUAUAGUGUGCGUUGCUGCACUGAUGCUACCUACUCUGGGGGACAUGGAAACCCUGGUGCCUCUCUACCUCCAUUUAAGUGUGAAUCAAAAGUUAGUAGCUGCUUAUGUUUUAGGUCUCAUCACCAUGGUUAUUUUGAAAACAUGAGCAAUGGUUUAAUAGGAUGUCAAACACCUUACUGUAUAUUCACAUCAUGAAUGUGGACUGCCUUUUACUCCCAUUUGGCUCAUUAAGAUGCUAGCAAAGCUGUUCAGUGAUUUAAGAUACCUUCAGAAGUGUAAUAUAUUUUAACUAUGUAUAAUAAAUGAAAGACUCAAGCACUUUUACGUGCUUCUGUAACAGACAGCUAUGAAAUGUUCAGUGAUACCUGUGAAAAUAAUUUGAAAAACUUUUAUAUCUACACCUACUGUACAAAAUCCUUAUUAAAGCAACAUUUGUUAUUUGUAGUCUACGUUCACAUCAGUGUGUGAUCACUACAGACGCAAACUGUCUUAUGUAAAACAUCCACAUGGCUUGCAGUUGUACAUACAGAGAUCGGUGCAUAACACUUCUGUAUUCAUACUGGAAGGAUGAAAGUCAUACCAAAUCAUGGAAGAAGAUUAAAAUUUCCAUCCGUGAAACUAUGAAAUAAACCAUUAAAUUUAGGUGAAGUAGUAGUUCUCCAAUUCCUUACUUCGUUAUUACAAGUAUACCACUGAGUGCUUUUCUUACUUGGGGAAAUAAUUUCUGCAACAGCCAUUUUUUUUUUAUCAUGAGUAUUGACAGUAAAAAAAUCUGUAAUUAGGACCUUUCAUUUUUUUUAGGGAUGCAUGCAAUAUACAAAUGAAAUGGCAUUAAUAUAAGUGGAACUCGCACUGUAAACUAGUAUAGAAAAAAUGAACGUUUUCUAGUAGUUUAGUCUCUACCACGUAUAGCAAAGGCAUUCCUCUAGCCCUCCCCCCGUACAGCUCUGAUAGUGGAUUUCUUUUGUAUGAGAAACUCCUGCUCAAAUUUCAUUUUUUAUAUUCUAGAUGAGUGUUUACACUUUUUUUCAUUUAAGAGCUCUUUCCCAUUGUUGGUAUUUCAUUGUAGUUACCCAGUUUAAAAAUCUUACUUUGAAUGAGGGCCCAGUAUUCCUGCAUUUGAUUUGUGCACACAAAUCCUUUGUUUAUUUAUAAGAAGUUUCUAUAAUAUGCUUGGAUCUGUAUAAAAAUUGUUUUGGGAAUUAAUCCUUCUUUCCCCUUGCAUGUUAUGGAUCAAUUUUCUGUUCAUGCAUGGAGGCCUAAAGAAACCA